AUUAGAAAAAGCAGUGUUUUUUUUGUUUUGCAUUAAAAGCUUCAAACUUCAAAUCCCAUUUUUCAGUUUAUUUCUAGCUAGAACUUUCCCGCCUUCUUCUGCUUCAAAUGAUGAUUUUUAUGGCCACAGUCCUUCCACCAAAACUUCCUCUCCCUCUAAAUAACAAAAAAAGCAGAGGAAAACACCUUUUUCAGUCUAAAUAUGUGUUCUUUUCCAAUAAACCAUAUCCAAAGUUUGCUCCUUUACCACCAAAUCUACACUUUUCUUAUGACAAAGUAUCCGUCUUCUCCUCACCAGCCCAAUCCAAAGAUUACAAAAUCACUGAUUGGAACAAAAAAAUCUAUGAGGUCUGUGAAAUGGGAAAUAUUGAUAAAGCAAUAGAACUGCUUUACAUGUCUCCAAAAGCUGAAAUUGAGUCAAGAACUUGUUGCUCAAUAUUGCAACUUUCUGCAGAACUUAAAUCCUUACAAGAUGGCAAGAAAGUUCAUUCAUUUAUAUGUUCUAGUGGGAUUUCAAUUGACAGUGUUUUAGGAUCAAAACUUGUAUUUAUGUAUGUAACUUGUGGGGAUUUAAGAGAAGGGAGACCGAUUUUUGAUAAGAUAAGAAAUGAGAAGGUUUUUCUUUGGAAUCUAAUGAUGAAUGGGUAUACAAAGAUUGGUGAUUUUAAAGAGAGUGUCUCUUUAUUUAGGCAGAUGUUGGAUUUGGGUGUUGAAGUUAACUCUCAUACAGUUUCUUGUAUAUUGAAGUGUUUUGCAGCUUUAGGCAGUGUAAAGGAAGGUAAAUGGGUUCACGGGUUUUUGUUAAAAUUGGGUUUGGGUUCUUGUAAUGCUGUUGUUAAUUCGCUCAUUGCUUUUUACUUGAAAAUGAGGAGAGUUGAUGUUGCCCGUAAGUUGUUCGAUGAAUUGACUGACAGAGAUGUUAUUUCAUGGAAUUCAAUGAUUAGCGGGUAUGUGGCUAAUGGUUUUUCUGAGAAAGGAGUUGAACUUUUCAAAAAGAUGCUAUAUUCGGGAGUUGAUAUGGAUUUGGCUACAAUGGUCAGUAUUCUUCAAGCUUGUGCAAAUUGUGGUUAUGUUUCAUUGGGUAGAGCAGUUCAUGGUUCUGCAGUGAAGGCCUGUGUUCACGGGAAAACUACCUUCUGCAAUACAUUACUGGAUAUGUAUGCCAAAUGUGGUGUUUUGGAUGGUGCUAUUCGAGUUUUUGACUUGAUGAGUGUAAGAACUGUUGUGACUUGGACUUCAUUGAUUGCAGCUUAUGCUCGAGAAGGUCUCUCUGAUGAAGCUAUUCGAUUGUUCCAUGAAAUGGACAGGGAAGGUGUUAGCCCAGAUAUUUUUACUAUCACAACGGUUCUUCAUGCUUGUGCUUGUAAUGGGUCACUGGAAAAUGGCAAGGAUGUGCACAAUUACAUUAGGGAGAAUGAUAUGCAAUCAAAUAUAUUUGUGUGCAAUGCUCUCAUGGAUAUGUAUGCGAAAUGUGGAAGCAUGGAAGAUGCUAACUCAGUUUUUUUAGAAAUACCUGUAAAAGAUAUCAUCUCAUGGAACACGAUGAUAGGAGGUUACUCAAAAAAUAGUCUACCCAAUGAAGCUCUUAGUCUGUUUGGUGCUAUGGUGUUAGAAAUGAAACCUGAUGGCACGACAUUGGCAUGUAUUCUUCCUGCUUGUGCCAGCCUAGCUUCUCUAGAUAAAGGCAAAGAGGUUCAUGGUCAUAUAUUGAGAAAUGGAUUUUUUUCUGAUCAACAGGUUGCCAAUGCACUUGUUGACAUGUAUGUGAAGUGUGGGGUACCAGUUCUUGCACGGUUGCUCUUUGAUAUGAUUCCUACAAAGGAUUUGAUCACAUGGACAGUUAUGAUUGCUGGAUAUGGCAUGCAUGGAUUUGGGAACAAUGCUAUCACUACCUUUAAUGAGAUGAGGCUAGCAGGUAUUGAGCCUGAUGAAGUGUCCUUCAUUUCAAUACUGUAUGCUUGCAGUCAUUCUGGAUUGCUUGAAGAAGGAUGGAGAUUCUUUAACGUUAUGAAAGAUGAAUGCAAUAUCAAGCCAAAGCUGGAGCAUUAUGCUUGUAUAGUGGAUCUUUUAGCUCGCAGUGGGAAACUAGCCAUGGCAUACAAAUUCAUAAAAUCAAUGCCAAUUGAACCUGAUGCCACAAUCUGGGGAGCACUGCUCUCCGGGUGUAGGAUUCACCAUGAUGUCAAAUUAGCUGAGAAAGUAGCAGAACACGUCUUCGAACUUGAACCAGAGAACACGGGAUACUAUGUACUUUUAGCAAAUACCUAUGCCGAGGCAGAGAAAUGGGAAGAGGUGAAAAAGCUGAGACAAAAGAUUGGUCAGCGGGGUUUAAAGAAGAACCCAGGCUGCAGUUGGAUAGAAGUCAAGAGCAAAAUUCACAUCUUUCUUUCUGGAAAUAGUUCACACCCACAAGCCAAAAAGAUAGAGGUUUUGUUGAAAAGGUUGAGAUCAAAGAUGAAGGAAGAAGGUUACUUUCCUAAAACAAGAUAUGCUUUGAUCAAUGCAGAUAGCCUGCAGAAGGAAACGGCUCUGUGUGGGCAUAGUGAGAAAUUAGCCAUGGCUUUUGGAAUAUUGAACUUGCCACCUGGGAGAACAAUACGGGUAUCAAAGAACCUGAGAGUGUGUGGUGACUGUCAUGAGAUGGCAAAGUUCAUUUCCAAGACAUUAGGAAGGGAGAUUGUCUUGAGAGAUUCUAAUCGGUUUCACCAUUUCAAGGAUGGCGUUUGUUGUUGCAGAGGUUUCUGGUGAAUUAAGUGCAGAGAAGGGGUUUGAAUGUAUCAGAGCUCAUCUCGUCCCUUUGUAGGUUGAUUCUCAAUUAUGAGUUAGUAAAUUGUUGUAAAUAGUGGUCCAAGAGAAAUGUAUCUUAGGAGAGGAGUUCAAGUAGGGUUUCUGUCAUAUAUUAGGUCAAACGAGGGGCAUAGAUACUAGUAAUUCUCAGUUUAUUUUUUUGCAGCAAAUCACUUAGAGGCUGGUAGGCAUUUCAUUUAAUCUCAUUUAUAUAUUAUUCAAGACAGAUUAUGAAUCAUUGCGAUAAA